AUGGCAGCUUUUUCCAUGGCGGUUGCACAAGUCGGCGCCGUGCGCUCCUCCUUGCCCAGUGCUCCGGGCCCUCGCCGUGGAGACAGGUGUUCAACGGGACUGCGGGACGGGCGCACCACCGUUUUUGCCUCCCUGAUGGGGUUGGGCUGUGCUGUGCAGUGUAGCUUCAAAAGGCGCAAGUCCACCUUUGUGGCCCGGGGCGUGCACUCUCAGCUCCAAACGGUUCAAGACGUUCAGGAUGUGCCCUGCACAGAGGAGGAUGUUCGCCAGCAGGUCGCGCUUGCCCUGACCCGCGAUAUGCCAGCCAGCAUCAUCUCCAAGGAUGCAGUUGCUCAGCUCCAAGCGGCCGUUGCCGAGGCAAGGGCAUUUUUCGAAAAGGCCGAUGACGGACUUCAGCCACAACUUUGGCGGGAGGCCGAUGUCGUCUUAGUGGGCCCGUCGCGAACGGGCAAGACCACCCUGGCCAGCUACCUGGCCAAGCUGGGUCUCCGGGUUGCCAACUACCCAUUGGUGCCGGGUGAGGAUCCACCUGGCCAUCUUUUCGACGUGGAUGCGAGGAAGGUAGCCCUUCUCACCACCGAUGCCAAGCAGCUCCAAAGCAUCCGCCAACAGAGGAUGCUACGGAUGGGCCGGUCUAGCUCCCGCUACGCGGCCAUGAGUGUGAUCCAAGACGAGCUGGACUGGGUCAGAAUGUUCUACACGAAGACCUUCCCCGGCUUCCCAGUCGUGAACACUGCUCGCCUUGGCAUUGCAGAGGCCGCAGCGAUGAUCCUCUCCCACUUAUAUGGCAGGCAGGUCGAUGAAAUGCUGCACCUCCGACGGUGGCAGGAGAAAACACAGAAGCCCAAGAACAACUCUUUGAGAAGUGGCGGCUCUACGGGCAAGCUCGAGACCUGCCGCUGGCUCUUCUCCAGCUCGGCACUGGGUGCCGUCUCACUGGAGGAGAAGCUGGCCCUGGCAAAGGCGAGACGAGAUGGCCAACGGGCCGAGAAGAUCCGACAGAAGCUCACAAACAUGAGGACGGAGUGUCCUCUCUACCUCUGCCGAGCCUAUGGCUUGGUCGACAGCCAAGGAAAUUCCAUACUUGCCCGCUCGUCCUACGACGAGCAUUCGGACUCGGAAUACGCAAGCCUUGCGAGCUCAGACGAGGAGAUAACUCACAGCCGCCGAAGCAGCGGUGAGGCCUUUACUUCGCCUUCGGCUUCAGCAUCGGUCUCCUUCAGUCGAAAGACGCUCUCUCGAAAUACCACCAGAAUGACCACCACAAGGGGUACAAUCUUCGGUCAAGCCGGACGAAAAAGCAUUGCCAGGAAAACAAUCGGCGGAAACGCUGAUCGUGCAAGGCUAGAAGCACUUGCGCGGAAGGUGAAGAAAUGCAAAGCCAUCAUGAGGGCUACCGUUCAGUGGCUGAAGAUCCUCUUCCACAAGCGACGCCUUCACAGAGCAGCAGAUGCCUGCUUGGUGCUCCUCCGACAUCUCGGUGAAUGGGUCCACAUUCGCAGUGCUAUGAAGGGCUUCCUCCAGCGCGUUAAGACCAUCCAGCGGACGAUCCGGGAGUUUCUCGCCAUCAAGCACAAACGCUGCCAUCUGAUCGAGAAGGAAUGGUGCCGCAUUGAGGAUCAGCACCUAUCAACCCAUGCACAGCACAAGGUGGAGAGUGCCAUGCAGGAGACGAGUAGCAGUCAGACCAGAGGACCAGGACGAGGGAAGCGGAAAGUACUCCAGGCGGCGCUUGAGGCCAGCGCAAGUUCCAAGUGGAAGAUGGUGGUGGACAUCUCCAGCCAACGGAUCCCUGUAGCAGAAAGAAAGGCGAUCAUCUCUGCGUACCAUCGGCGAACACUGAAGAGACACAUGCAAAUUGGCAAGAGCUUCUUGCAGAUCGUCUUCGACGCUCUUCAGGCGAGCCGAGAAUUGGAUCACUACCUCAACCAGUUCCAUUACGGAAACAAAGCGAGGGAGACUUUGACACUCUUUGAGAUCAAGAGGGAAGACAUCGUCCUUGAUCAGCAGGCAGCACGCAGAUUAAAGGCUUCGCUUUGA